AUGUUUUUCUUCACUGUCUUCCUUGUCUGCCUUUCACUUGCAUUCAUCAUCAUCAAAUGGUAUUCCAAUGCAGCAAACACCCAUAACUCACCCCCCUCACCUACAAGGUUACCUCUCCUGGGAAAUCUCCACCAACUUGGUUCUUUCCCACACCACAGACUCCAAACUUUGGCUCAAAACUAUGGGCCUCUGAUGGUGCUCCAUUUCGGGAAGGUACCAGUGCUUGUGGUCUCAUCUGCUGAUGCAGCACGUGAGGUGAUGAAAACUCAUGACCUGGUCUUCUCAGACAGGCCAAAACGUAAGAUGAACGAGGUUCUCUUGUACGGUUCCAAUGACCUGGCAAGUUCUAAGUACGGAGAAUACUGGAGGCAAAUAAGGAGUGUGAGUGUGUUGCACCUUCUAAGUACCAAAAGGGUUCAGUCCUUUCGCUCUGUAAGAGAGGAGGAAACUGCUAGAAUGAUGGAAAACAUUAGGGAGUGUUGUUGUGAUUCAUUUCAUUUGAAUUUGACUGACAUGUGUGCUGCAGUUACAAAUGAUGUGACCUGUAGAGUGACUCUGGGAAGGAGGUACUGUGGGGAAGAAGGGAGGAAGUUUCAGAAGAUGUUUUUGGAGUUUGGGGAGUGUUUGGGUGCUGUGUCUAUAGGGGACUAUGUACCUUGGCCAUUGGAUGAAGUGAUUGAGGAGCAUGCUAGGAAUGGAAGAGAUGGGGGUGUUGAUGUUGAUAGUGAGGACCAGAGUGAUUUUGUGGAUGUUUUGCUUUCGAUAGAAAAAAAUAACACCUCCGAUUCCCUGAUUAAUAGAACUGCAGUAAAGGCUUUGAUACUGGACAUGUUUGUUGCGGGUACUGACACUACUUUCACAGCCUUGGAGUGGAUAAUGUCUGAAUUGUUAAAGCACUCAAGUGUGAUGCAUAGAUUGCAAGACGAGGUGAGAAGUGUGGUUGGUAACAGGACUCAUGUAACUGAGGAUGAUUUAGGUGAAAUGAAGUACUUGAAGGCUGUAAUCAAAGAGAGUCUUCGGCUUCAUCCCCCACUUCCCUUAUUAGUCCCCAGGAAAUGCAUGGAAGAUGUCAAAGUGAAAGGUUAUGACAUUGGAGCUGGAACUCAGGUAUUGGUGAAUGCAUGGGCCAUUGGAAGAGACCCUUCAUGUUGGGACCAACCUCUUGAGUUUAAACCAGAAAGGUUCCUCAGCAGUUCCAUAGACUUCAAAGGACAUGAUUUUGAGCUUAUUCCAUUUGGUGCAGGAAGAAGGGGUUGCCCUGGAGUAACAUUUGCCACAGCAAUAGUUGAGAUGGUAAUAGCAAACCUUGUCCACCAAUUUGAUUGGUCAUUGCCUGGAGGGGCAUCUGGGGAGGACUUGGACAUGUCUGAAACCACUGGCCUUGCUGUUCAUAGAAAAUCUCCUCUUCUAGCAGUAGCAACUGCAUAUCAGAGAAAUUAG